AUGGGAGUCAUUCAUACCAAUGACUCUUGGAUCCUUCGUAUGUUCCGAGCAGUAUGGAUAACUCUCAGGUCGGUGACAUCAAGCAAUUACUAUGUGGACAACCAGAGUAUCGAAUGGCGAAUCGAGGUCACGGAAGGCAAACGCGUUAGGCUGACGUGGCAGAGCUUCGAACUUGAAAUCUAUGACACCGCUGAAGUGGCCGAUCCCUGCACGGGGCUUCCAUACUCUUGGAGCACAUAUACUGGCACUGAGCUACCUCCACCGUUCACGGCCAGCGGGAAGGAGUUGAUCAUCAGGUUCACUACAGAUGUGUCAGUAAUUCUUCCGGGUUUCUCACUUUCUUAUGAGGCAGUAUAA